AUGGCCAAGGCAACUGUGAUGGCCAUCCUCGGCCCAUUGGACCGACCGCGAUUGUCGGGUGGAAAUGGUCAAGGGAAACUUGACCUUUCUCGUCUGGAAACGCUCAGGAGAGCGGACCCUCUUAAGGAGUCGGGCUUCCUCCUGAAGGAGGUGAACUCCCUCCUGCACCCCUACGGUGCAAUUUCCAAGGUGGAGAAUCUGGAGAAGGAGGUCCAAGACCGCUACUACCUUCCGAUCUCGGUGAUCGUCGAGUUUGAAAUGUGUGACGCUCGCCGAGAUGCUCUCGGUGAUUGUCGAGUACGAAAUGUUCGACGCUCUCGGUGAUCGUCGAAUUUGAAAUGUUCGACGCUCGCCGAGAUGUUCUCUCGGUGAUCGUCGAAUACGAAAUGUUCGACGCUCGUCGGGAUGUUCUGACAUCCAGGAGAAUCCCAAGAGAUUCUUGACCAUUCAGAGAGAGAGAGAGAGAUUCUUGACCAUAUAGAGAGAGAGAUUCUUGACCAUUCAAAGAGAUUCUUGACCAUUCAGACAUUCCUCAGCUUACCGACCCGACACUCGCGCACUCUUCUCGGAGCCGCAACUUGGUAACAUGGUCACGUCUACUCUUACUUGGCUUUGGCGGUUCCUGGUCGACAUGGAUUUCGUGGGUUGCAGGGAAGUGUUGGAACGAUCGAGAUGGAAAUCAAUGGCAUGGGCGGACUUGUUCUUCUGUAUCACACAAUGCAAAACCUCACACCCCUCUUGAUCACC